CAGUGAUGGGCUGCAGGAAGUGAUGCAGGGAAAAUUCCCAUUAAUAUCCAGUCAAUAGAGGAAGAAAAAAAAAAAAAAAACCUUACGAAACUCUGUAUUCACGGACUGGUUCCGCCAACUUAUUAUCUGGACAACACGUCUUAACGAUUAAAGCAGCUGAGAAGAAACGGGCUACACGACAAAAGUCGAAAGACGAAACACAGGUGAUAUAUCGCCUCUUGCUUUUGCUUAGCCUGGGACUCAGGUUCCGAUGUGUAGGAAGUGAUGAGUGAAUAUUUCACAAUACAUUUCAUCUGCUUAAAAGCAACACCGAUGGCAUGUUGAGGUGUACAGCAGGGCAGCAGCAGCGGCUGUGGACGAGAGGGAGUUUGGCCUAAAGGUGGGAAACCUGCUCCUGAGCUGUUGCUUCCAACACCAUGGGCCAGUGCGUCACCAAGUGCAAAAACCCGUCUUCCUCCCUGGGGAGCAAGAGUGGUGACAAGGAGCCUGGUGGCAAGUCGCAAGGCAAGAAGAGCCACAAGGAGGAGCUGGGCCCCGGCAAAGCUUCUGGGGACCCACUUGCCAACGGCACCAAGAAGAUGGAGGUGAUCGAGGCCAUGCAACUUCCAGCCCCGUCGGGCGACACCCGGAAGGAGGAUCUGGUUUCCAACGGCGACGAGUUCUCCGUGCACCGUAUUGAGGAGCUCUUCAAGCGAUACAAGGACGAACAGGACGACGAGAUCCUGGAGGAGGGAAUGGAGAGCUUCUGUGAUGACCUCUGUGUGGACCCUGCAGAGUUCAGGGUGCUAGUGCUGGCUUGGAAGUUUCAGGCAGCUACCAUGUGCAAGUUUACAAGGAAGGAGUUCGUGGAGGGCUGCAAAGCCAUCAAGGCCGACAGCUUGGAAGGGAUCCACACACGUUUCCCCUGCCUCCUGAUGGAGGCCAAGAUGGAAGACAAGUUCAAGGACCUGUAUCGCUUCACCUUCCAGUUCGGGCUGGACUCCGACGAGGGCCAGCGGUCGCUGCAUCGGGAGAUCGCCAUCGCCCUGUGGAGGCUGGUCUUCACACAGAACACCCCCUCCAUCCUGGAGCAGUGGUUAGACUUCCUGACGGAGAACCCCUCAGGGGUGAAAGGGAUCUCCCGAGACACUUGGAACAUGUUCCUCAAUUUUAGUCAGGUGAUCGGAACGGACCUCAGCAACUACAGUGAGGACGAGGCCUGGCCAAGCCUCUUCGACACCUUCGUGGAGUGGGAAUUGGAGAGGAGGAAAAAGGUUGAGCAGGAGAAAAAUAAAUGUACUCGGUCCACAAGCAGCACAGAGAGCCUGGCUCAGGACCAGCAGAACUGAGUGUGACUGUGUGAUGAGCCGUGUGUGUGUGUGUGUGUGUGUGUGUGAGAGACAGACAGAGAGAGACAGACCUCUUAUUGUUGGAUUUGAGUAAACUGGGCUUCUCUCUUCAAACUUUGAUGAAGAUUAAUGUUGUUGUUGUUGUUGAUGAUGAUGAUGAUGAUGAUGAUGAUGAUGAUGAUGUUGUUGUUGUUGUUGUUGAUGUUAUUGCUAAACGAGGUGGGAGGGAUGUGGGGGGUAAUCUUUCCAACACCCUUAUUUGUCUUUUUAAAAGGGCUCCAAAUACUGUAUCAUGUUUUUAAAGCACUUUUAUUUUGGAUCUGAUUUAAUUUAAUUCCCUUUUUAAUUUGUUUUUUUGGUCUCAACCCAGCGUCCCCCUCAUUUGCUAUUUAUCUAGAAGUAAAAUGACAAACUUUGAGCAGUAUGUGCAUCUGAAUAGUACAUAGAGUAAAGUCAGACCUAUAAUUGCACAAUUUUUAAUUUCUUUUAUUUUUCCCCUUUUAUGUAAGUAAUGUUUUAGUAUUAUGAGCUGCAAUAGUACCAGAGUUGAAAUGCAUUUUUAACCGAGGGAUCAUGUACUGAGUGUAGUGCAGUUUGCAACAACAGUGAUUUUAUUUUAUUUUUAAAAAAUAUCUUCUUUUUUUAAUAUAAAAAACACAGUGAUUUAUAUUAAAAUAAACAGUGUUAUUCAUUUACAGCUGUUCCUUUUUAAUUAUUAAAAUUGAACCAUCAAGUGCAA